GAGAAGCCUCCACAAACACAAGAACAUAAGCCAACAAGAGAGAUAAAGAGUAUGGAGUGCAAUCAGAUGACCUAUAUCAUCAAAGCAAAGAUUUUGUUAAUCUUAUUCGUCUCUCGUGUUCUUCCAUCAGCAUCUGCAUCUGUCUGUGAAGAUCUAACCGAUUGCCUAGCUCUUCUGAAGUUCAAAGAAGCCAUAACAAGUGAUCCCAAGAGUUAUCUCCAAGAUUGGAACAAAGCCAAUUCCUUGUGCAACUGGACUGGUAUUACAUGCCAUCCACAUCUCGAAGAUCGUGUCAUUGCUCUUGAGCUCAUUAACAUGGGCUUACAGGGAACUAUUUCACCAUUCCUAUCCAAUCUUUCCCUUCUCAGCACCCUGUCUUUGUACAACAACCGUUUCCAUGGAGAAAUCCCAACUACCUUGGGAAGGCUUUCGAAAUUAGCAUCUUUGAAUCUCUACAUAAACCUGCUUGAAGGUAACAUACCACCCUCACUUCAAGGCUGUCAAAGCUUGAAAAUCUUGGAUUUGAGUAGCAACUAUCUAUCUAGAAUUCCGAAAGAACUUGGGUGGAUGAAGAACCUGAUGCACUUGGCUCUCUCUGAAAACAGCCUCACUGGAGUCAUACCAUCAUUUCUAUCAAACCUGACAGGCCUAAUAAAAUUAGAGUUGGCCGCAAAUUUCUUCACUGGGAAGAUCCCUCCACAGCUUGGAGCUCUCGCAAAGAUGGAGAUUUUGUACUUACACAUUAACUCUCUUGAGGGAACGAUACCUAACUCGUUGAGUAACUGCACCGCAUUACGUGAAAUUUCGAUGAUUCAGAAUCUUUUAAUUGGAGACAUCCCUUCAGAAUUGGGUGAAAAGCUCCAAAACUUGCAAAAGUUGUACUUGAUGAAUAACAGUCUCUCUGGGAAAAUUCCAGUGGCCCUCUCAAAUCUUUCCCAUCUGACACUCCUUGAUCUGAGCAUGAACAACUUCAGUGGGGAAGUUCCACAGGAGUUGGGGAAGUUAAAGAACCUUGAGAUUCUUUACCUUCAUAGCAAUAACCUUGGAGGCAGAUUUGGCAACUCUUCCCUCAGUUUCUUAACAGCACUCACGAACUAUUCGUUUCUGAAGAAAUUGCACUUGGGUUCAUGUUCGUUCACAGGAAAUCUACCUGAUUCCGUCGGCGCUCUUUCAAAAGAACUUUAUUACUUCAACAUUUUGAAUAACAUAGUAACAGGAGAGAUUCCAGGAAGUAUAGGCAAUUUGAGCGGCCUUGUGCGCUUAACUUUGCAGUACAACUUUUUGGAUGGAAGAAUACCCGCAACACUCGGAAAGCUUUGGCAGUUGCAGACGUUAGGCUUGGGAAAAAACAGGCUUUUUGGGCUAAUUCCCGAGGACAUGGGGAACAUGACUAAUCUUGGUUUGCUGGAUGCUAGUGAUAAUUUGCUUAACGGGUCGAUUCCCUUUACACUUGGUAAUCUCUCUCAACUAAGGUAUCUUUUCUUGUCUCACAACCACUUGUCAGGAAACCUUCCCAUUGAACUCACCCGAUGUUCUCUUAUGAUGCUUCUUGAUUUAUCCUUCAAUGCCCUAAGUGGGUCAAUUCCCAGAGAGAUCAGCAGCUUUUCCAAGUUGUCUCUCUCACUCAACUUGUCAAACAAUAACUUUCAAGGAGAGGUGCCUGCAGGAAUAGGGCAAUUGGUAUAUGUGUUGGCAAUAGACUUGUCAGAGAAUAGGCUUUCCGGUGCCAUACCAAGUUUAAUUGGAAGUUGCAUAUCAUUGGAGCAUUUGAACCUGUCCCAUAACAUGCUUGAUGGUACAAUCCCCGAGGCCUUGAAGCUGAUCACGCAUCUGAAAGUGCUGGACUUGGCUCACAAUCAAUUAACUGGUGAUUUUCCAUUAUGGAUCAUUAAUGGCCAAUUUCUCAUGAAUCUUAAUUUAUCCUACAAUAGUUUGACGGGUGAAGUUCCAAACACUAUAAGGUUCAAUAGAAGCUCGUUCAUGGGAAAUUUGGGGUUGUGUGGUGGCUCUGAUCUACUUGGUCUUCCUCGUUGUGAAGCUCAGAAGCAAAAGAAAAAGAGAAUCAAAAAGUUCUACCAUGUCUUAACAAUUACAUUGAGUUGUACCCUAUUAUUUUUUGUGUUGGUUGCUGUCUUUGUUUACCGUUUCUUCUUCAAGAAAGAAACUGUAAAUCUAUCACGUUCAAAACUAAUGUCUUCUCGAAUAAACUUUGGAAACCGAACUUUUACUCAAAGGGAACUUGAAAUUGCAACAGCUGAGUUCGAUGAGGCAAACUUAUUGGGAAGGGGAAGCUAUGGAUCAGUUUAUAAAGCAAUCAUUGACGAUGGAAAUUCUGUUGUGGCGGUAAAGGUUUUGCAUGGAGAGUCUAUUCAGAGUUUGAAAAAUUGUAAAAGAGAAUGCCAGAUAUUAUCUGGAAUCAAGCACCGCAAUCUGGUUAGAAUGAUUGGAUCCGCCUGGAGUUCACAGUUCAUGGCUAUAGUUUUGGAGUAUGUGGGCAAUGGGAACUUGGAACAACAUCUUUAUCCGAAUGGAUCAGAGAUAGGCAGCUGUAACUUGAAAUUGAGAGACAGGCUGGGAAUAGCUAUAGAUGUUGCCCAUGGAUUGGAAUAUCUACACGAGUAUUGUUUAGAUCAAGUCAUACAUUGUGAUCUGAAGCCACAAAAUGUGCUUUUGGACACUGAUAUGGUCGCUCAUGUUGCAGAUUUUGGGGUUGGAAAACUCAUUUUAGCUGACAAACUAAGAGAACAUGUUAGCACAACAGAUUUCCUACGAGGAUCAAUUGGUUAUAUACCCCCAGAAUAUGGACUGGGAAUUGAAGUUUCCACUAGAGGAGACGUAUAUAGUUUUGGUAUCAUGCUGCUAGAGAUGAUGACUCGAAAGAAGCCCACAAGCGAAUUGUUUUUAGAUGGGGCUGAUCUCAGGAAUUGGGUGGAUUCUGCAUUUCCAGAUCAUAUUAUGGAUGUUCUGGACACCUCAUUAAAGCAGGAGGCAAAUUCAGGGGAUUCAAGGUGUGCUUUACAAAGGUUUGAGCAAUGCUGCGUGGAAAUGCUUGACUCAGGGUUGAUGUGCACACAGGAGAAUCCACAAAAACGACCACUCAUGUCUUCGGUGGCACAAAGGCUGGAGAAUAUUCAGAAGGAACAAGGAUAUUGUUAGGGGAUUGUAAAAUACUCAUAUUAUAAUAGAAUUGCCUUUCAAAUAACACGUGGAUGUAUGCCCUAUGACA